ACCAAAGAAAAUCCUCAAACGAUGGCGUGUAUUUAAAUCAUAUUUUGUAAAGAUGUCAAAAGAUGAUGACAACACCGAUACCGAAUUACUACAUUCAAAGUAUUCAGUAACACGUGAAGUAUACACUGUGAACAAGUUUUCAGAAGAGUAUCAUCGAUCAACUGAAGUGCAUAAACCAUUUUCUCUCUCUGCAAUCCUAAGAAGUUGUACAUGUUCAAGAUUUCUUAGUGUUUUAUCCUCUAUUUUUCCAUUUUAUUCUGUAUUGGCUUCAUUUUAUACAUUCCAAUCAUUUCUAUCAGAUGUAGUUGCUGGGAUAACAAUGUCAAUAGUUCAUGUACCACAAGGUAUGGCAUAUGGACUUUUAGCUGGAGCUAAACCUAUAAAUGGAUUGUAUACCUCAUUUUUUCCCGCAUUGGUAUAUUUUUUCUUUAGUACAUCACGUCAUGUAUCAGUAGGUACUUUUGCUGUUGUUGCCCUAUUGACGUCUGAUCCUGUCGACAGACUAGUCGCAAAAUUCGAUACAAACAAUCGUUCCUUAGAAAAAUAUCAAGUUUUCAAUGAAACUCAUUUAGAUGAUUUUCGUGUUAAGAUUGUUGUGACUGUUUGUAUUCUAGGCGGAAUAUUCCAACUCUUGUUAGGUAUAUUUCGUUUGGGCAUGUUAGUUGUAUAUAUGUCAGCACCACUCUUGGGUGGUUUCACAUGUGCAUCUGCUGUCCACGUUUUCGCUAGUCAAUUGAAUGGAUUAUUCGGUAUACGUUUAAAUCGGGCUACAGGACCAGGUCGUAUUUUCUUUAUAUUGAUCAACUUUGUCAAAGUGGUCAGCAAAACUAAUUUAGCCACACUAUUAAUGUCUUGUAUAUGUAUUAUAACUAUUUGGAUAUUCAGACAUUUUAUCAAUCCUAGAGUUACUGCGAAAAUACGCUUUGCAAUACCAAUUGAAUUGAUUGUACUUGCUGUCUGUACCAUUAUAUCAGAGUUUUGUUCAUUGAAUGAAAAAUAUGGUGUCGCUAUUGUUGGUAAAAUUCCAGUUGGUCUACCAUCGCCAAUUGUACCUGAUGUCAAGUUGAUACCAGAAGUUUUAAUGGAUUCAGUGAUUAUUUCCUUUGUUGCAUUAGCGACAACAAUUUCAUUGGUGAAAUUGUACGCUACAAAAGAGGGUUAUGAUGUUGGCUAUACUCAGGAAUUGACUGCUCUGGGAAUGGCCAACAUAAUAUCUGGAUUCUUUCGUUGUCAACCGGCCUCUGGUGCUUUAGCUCGUUCCUCGGUUGCUUAUGGCGUUGGAAUGUGCUCCCAGGUUGCUUGUCUGAUAUCCUGUUCUAUUAUAUUACUUGUUGUUACUUUCGUUGGACAAUUUUUACAAAGUGUACCAAUGUGUACUUUGUCAUCGAUUAUUGUCGUCUCCCUUGAAACUAUAAUUCUACAAAUUUUAGACUUACCAAAGUUAUAUCGUGUUUCAGUAUAUGAUAUGCUUAUAUGGCUUGUAACAUUUCUAGCCACAACGUGUAUUGAUGUCCCGAUUGGUCUAGUCACAGGAUUAGGCUUUUCCCUAUUAACAGUAUUGUAUCGUACACAGUCGUCAUAUUACUAUGAACUUGGUCAAAUUCCCGGUACAAAUAUUUAUGUUGAUGUGAAAAAAUAUGAUGAAGCCAUAAAACUUCCUCAUAUUAUUAUGCUAAAAUAUGGUGGACCGUUGUAUUAUGCCAAUGCUGAAUCAUUUCAAAAUUGGUUAAAUAAAAUGACACAAAUUGAUCCACACAAAUUGAUAAAACAACGUCAACGUAGAGAAAAACGACAAAAAGAACAACUACAGAAGAAGAAGACGGAGGAGGAGGAGGAGCAUAAGCAACAGUCGAAUGGAGAAGGUGAUGAUGAUGAUGCUGAUGCUGGUAAUGCAGAACACCCUUCGAAUGGAAGACAUUCGUUCACAUGUGGAAAUUUAUUUGCAUGCAUGAAAUGUAAAAAGAAGCAGAAGACUACCGCUGAUUCACAAUUUAAUGCUUUAACAAUAACUGAUAGUGAUGUUCAGCCCAAUAUUACUAAACAACUGAAAUUUAUUAUCCUGGAUAUAUCCUCUUGGACAUAUUUAGAUGUUGUUGGUAUGCGAACUGUGACAGAUCUAGUGAAAUGUUACGGUGAAUUAGGUAUUCGAAUUCUCUUCACCGCAUGUGAUCCACAGAUAAGAUCUGUUCUAACCAGUGGUGGCAGUUUGACAUCAUCACAAAUUGACCAUAUGUCAUUUAUUAGUAUUCAUGAUGCUGUUAUCUAUUGCCAAAGUUUCCUCUCCAAUAAUGAUUUGUAUAAAAGAAAUACAUCUUCCAGUAAUAUAAAUAAUGCAUUGAAAAAUGAAUAUAUUGUCAAAGAAGACAGAUUAAAGCUAUCGGGGAGUAAAGAACUACUCGCUGUAACAUAUUCUGAUCCUGUGGUCAUUGAAGAUACAUACUUGGAGGAUACGCUCAUCAAGACAACGAAAUUAUAAUGAGACUAUGAUGCCUUUAAUAUCCCCCUUAAUAAUGAUUAUGUCGCGGAAAAAAUUCUUAAUCCAAUCUCGCAUUAUGUUUAAAUUUCAAUAAAUAAUCCAUUUUGCGAUUUAUUGGUGCAAACAAACAAACACAAAGUCAAAACACAACCCGUUGAACACAUUGAACAGGAUCAGUAACUGUGUGUGUGUGUAUGUGUGCGUCAGAUUUUGAUUUUGAACCCUAUUUUUCACACGCUAUCAAUGUGUAUUGUAUUCUCUUAGCUUUAUUUUCUUCUCAGAUCGAAUUUAUAACUUGAUACAUAAUAAUAAUUUGUGUAUAGUUUUAUUUUUCCAUAUCAAUAAAGGAAAUUAAUAGAUUGAGAGUUAUUGAGGGUAUAUUCCCUGUCUCUCGGCUCUUCUAUAACCAUUUAUGCGAUCAUCACUCUUUCUAGUCUCUGCUCUGUGUAGUUUGUUUGUUUGUCUGUUUUAACAUUUAGUAGUAGUAUUGGUGCUCAAAUGCUCAACGAUCUUUGAAUGUAUAUGUAUCAACGAUAUUUUCUUUUGAAAAUGAAAUCCUUCAUUUGAGAUGUGAAGAGAAAUAAAAACAGAUUUACAAACAAUACUUAAACAAUGCAAUAUACUUGUGUAUUGUUUUCUUGUGUAGUUAGUUAUAUUUCAAUUCUAUUUUUUUGUUUUAUUUGAUUACUAACUAAUCAGAAAUAACCUACUUUUGACAUUUGUGUUUUUAAUUUUUUCUAAAAAUAUGUAUUGAAAGAGAGAAAAAAUCAAAACAAAACAAAACAAAGAAAUUCAUUGUGAAA